AUGGCGGCGUCUCGGUUUAUUCGUUUUUUCAGUCGUCGUCAACCCAAAACACCGAAUCUUACAUUAACUGAUGAUCGAAUCCAUCCUCAUUCCAAUGGAAAAAUUCUCUCCAAUGGAAAAAUUCAUUCAACUGAUAAAUCUCAAGUGACCGCGCCUAUUAAGCACGGUCUCGUUUGUACAAUCAUAUUUCUCGAUGGUGAAGAAGUGAAUUUUGAAGUAGAUCGAAAAGCUCUCGGUAAAAAUCUCUACGAGAAAAUCAUCGCUCAUCGAAAACUUGUUGAACCUGAUUAUUUUGGACUUCAGUUCAUUGACACACAUAAUGUCAAACAAUGGCUUGAUCCGACCAAAUCGAUAAAAAAACAAUGUAAAGUUGGUCCACCAUAUACAUUUCGCUUUCGUGUGAAAUUUUAUACCUCCGAUCCGCAAAAUCUUCGCGAUGAAUUGACAAGGUACUUAUUUGUACUUCAACUCAAAGAUGACAUUCGAACAGGAAGAUUAGAAUGUCCACUUGGAACAGACGUUGAACUAGCAGCAUUGACAAUGCAAGCUGAAUUAGGCGAUUAUAUAACUGCGGAACAUUCAAUUACCAAUGUGUCUGAAUUUCACUUUCUACCUGAUAAUAUACAAACAGCAGAGUUUGAAGAACAAGUUUUACAAAAAUGGAUGACCUACAAAGGUUUGACACCUGCGGACUGUGAAAUUCAGUAUCUGAACAAAGCUCGUUGGCUGGAAAUGUAUGGCGUUGAUCUUCAUACCGUGAUGGGAAAGGAUAAUUUGGAAUAUAAACUUGGCCUAACUCCAACUGGUAUACUUGUCUUCGAAAACAAGAUUAAAAUUGGUCUCUUCGUUUGGUCGAAAGUUACUCGAAUAGAUUUCAAUCGAAAUAAAUUGACUAUCGUUGUUGUCGAAGAUGAUGACAAUGAUCCUCGCCUACAGCGUGAUUUCGUCUUUCUGUUUCGUUGUCAUGAUGAAAAGCAAUGUAAACUUUUCUGGAAAUGCGCUUUGGAGUACCAUAUUUUCUUUCGAACAACGUCCGCAAACAAAUUGAAACAAGGAGCGAAGUCGAAUUUUACACGAAUGGGUUCACGAUUUCGAUUCAGCGGUCGAACGGAGUGUCAAACAACAGCGCUGGGCAAUUUAGCCAAUUCUGGUACAAAUUUCGAACGAAAAGCUUCGCAUCGUUUUUCACGCCGUGCGUCCUACGCAAUACGUAAGAAAAUCCAAGAACAAGAGAUCCUACGCGAACAGGAAGAUGAACGUUUGAAAAGAUUAAAAUCUGAACAAGAAGCGAAACUUUCCGAAUCGAAAACACAACUGAAUGUAUCGAAUCAUGAUUUGACAUCUGUGUCGAAACGUUCAUCAUCUAUUUCAUCAUCACAAAAAAAUCUUAACCUAACAGCAGCACAACGAUUGGAUAACCUUAUUCUGGGUACUCCGAAUGAAUUAUUUAUCGAAGAAACUGAAACAACAAGCAACUCGGCAACAACUCUUUCUGCUCAUCCUCCACCAGUCCCACCUCGACAAACGAAAUCGGAAGACAAAAUACCAUCCCCGAAACUUCCGGUCAAACAAACGACUUCUUCCGUCAUCACUAAUAAUCAUGUCAAUACACCAAAAGAAUCAUCGCAUGAAAUCUUGUCUACAAAUAAUAAUGAAGAUGAAUUAUUAAUUCAACUUUCUUCGCAAAACCCAUCAACAUCUCAUACAAAUGGACAACAUCAAAUAAAUCCUUCUCGUACUUCGAAAAUGAACAGUUUACCCAACCGAUAUACACUAGCAAAUAGUCAACCGAUGCCAUACGUUGUUAAACAAAUAUCUUCUGAUGAUUUCAAUACGAAUCAAACGAGUAGUAGCAAACAAAAUAAUUACAAAUUUCCGCUCUUUGUUUCUCCUUCUUCGGAACUAUCCUCCGCUAAUUCAUCUCGUGCGUCCUACGACAAUAUCUUGAACUACUGUCUCAAUCCCGCUAAUGAAUCGAAUUCUAUCUACGCGAAGUUUUCCUUUCAACAACGGGAUUCGAAACCAAAAACGGAUGAGAAACAGUUCGAACAACGUUGUGCUAAUUAUGAUAAUCUCUCCUACCUUGUCAUCGAUGGAAUUACAUCGAAAAAGUUUCUGCAUCGAGGAAUAGGAAAGAUCUCAUCCUGUAAAGAUUAUUUUGCUGCUACUACUGGUUUUAUCUUUAAUGAGAAUGGACAACGUGACGAAACAAUGACAAAUAAUCAACAAAUCCCAACAUCUACAACGCCAGUCAUAGUAACUCGAACAUUAAGUCAAUCGAAUGUUCGCCACGCGUCAUCGACAUUAGUGCAAGCAACAAAUCCAAUUCAAAUACCUUCACGUAGUCCACUGCUCUCGCAUCAUUCUCAAUUUUAUCAUCCAUUAACGACCGAACUCUGA